AUGGCUGGAAAUCAGCCACCACCACCACCGCCUCCACCAAAAAUUGAUUCUUUUUCUCCGUAUUAUCUUGGCCCUCAUGAUUGGCCCGGUGAUUUCAUCACUCCGACUCGACUCCGUGGAGACAAUUAUGAUGAAUGGGCUAACGAUGUUCAAAUGGCUUUACAAGCAAGACGGAAAUUUGUCUUCUUGAAUGGCCAAAUUACUUCUCCCACAUCUCCUUGUACACAAGAUGAUUGGGAUACUCUUCAAGCAAUGCUUAUUUCGUGGCUCAUGAACACCAUUGAUCCCGAAAUCAAAACCACACUUUCUAGAUACAAAGAUGCCAAAAGGCUUUGGGAUACUCUUAAAUCCCGUUUUUCCAUUGUUAAUGGACCUCGAAUUCAGCAGCUUAAAUCAUCAAUUGCUCGUUGUGAGCAAACGAAAACCAUGUCAAUUGCACAAUACUUUGGGAAAUUAAUAGCUUUGUGGGAAGAUUUGAAUAAUUAUGAACCCCUAAUUACCUGUUCUUGCUGCGUUUCUUGUACGGCGGGCGAGCAGCAUGCGAAAAGAAGAGACAAUACAAGACUCCAUCAAUUUUUAAUGGGUUUAUAUCCCGACAAUUUCUCACAAAGUCGUGCAAACAUAUUGUCUCAAGAUCCCCUUCCCUCUCUUGAUCAUGCGUAUCAAUUACUCGUUCAAGAUGAACGGGUUCGAUUCACGCGGUCUCUACCGGAGGACAAGCCUCUUGAUGCUGUUGGUUUCGCCGUCCGUGCGCCACCAGGAAGGGGCAAAUCUAAGCAGCAGAUGUGGGCAGCAAGUACAGCCGGUGUAUCUUCAGAUCCACGAGACAAACAGGACAAAUCAACGCUAUUUUGCUCACAUUGUAGGAAGACGGGUCAUGAACGAUCCGGAUGUUUUGAAUUGAAUGGUUACCCAGAAUGGUGGCCAUCGGGAUCUUCAAAGCUGCAGCCCAUAAAUUCAGGCACUGCUGGUCGUGGUAAACCGCCUCAGAACGCAGGCAAGGGUUGUGGUGGCUCCGCCAUGGCUCACGCUCUCAGCAGCAGCAGCCAUAUCACCUCUUCUCUUCCUUCAACUAAUGGACAGGUUGGGCAGGUUUUCUCACCAGAACAAUGGAAGAUUCUUGCUUCCUUCAUUGGUAAUAAUAAGAUAUCUGAUGAUAGAUUAACGGGUGAGUUUGGUUACAAUUUAUGGAUUAUUGAUACGGGAGCUUCCCGACAUGUUACUUGUACCGAUUCAUGGUUGUUUGAUGUUCAUAAUGUCACUUGCUCGGUGGGUCUUCCUAAUGGAAAAUCUGUGGUCGCAACAAAGGAAGGAUCCGUCUGUUUAUCUGCAAAUUUAAUUCUUAAACAUGUGCUUUUUGUUCUAAAAUUAUGUUGCAAUUUAAUUUUGGUCUCGCAAAUUAUUGAUGAUUUAAAAUGUACUGUACAAUUUACUCCUACUAAUUGUGUUAUACAGGACCAAUUGAGGGAGCCGAUUGGGACGAGCAUUAGGAGGAAUGGACUUUUCUACUUUGAGGGAACUAAUCAGGCUCAACAAAUCUUGGUGAAUGCGGUAUCCUCUACUUUGGAUUUAUGGCAAAAGGAUGGGUCACCCCUCUGA